UCCAUCGCCGCCAGCUGUUCCACAUUGCUCCCCACACGCCCCCUCCGUCGUAUACUUGUAUUAUCAUUGCAAAAUCCAAGUGCAAUAACAGUUCAUUAGCCAGCCAAAAUAGAACUUGCGUUGCAACCAGGCAAAAAUGGAUCAAUAAAGCAAUAAACUGCAACCGCUAAUUGGAUUCCCUUGGGCGCCCAGCCACAGGAAACGGAAAUUGCUGCCCAGCUAGGCCAGCGAAUAGUUUGCGAGAUACACAACAAAGACGCAAAAAGCGGAGAUGAAGUCGACCAAAACGCGGGCUGCGCGUCUUACCAGCUUAACGGAGGAUGUAACCGUUGUUCCGGAGGAUGCGCCUUUCCGGGCGCGCCUCCAUAUACUUUUUGCCCAGAUCGAGCGGGAGUUCGAACAGCUUUAUCUGGAGAACCAGACCCUGCAGGAAAAAUUGGAGAUGGCCACCGCCACUAAGGAGUCUGCAAUACAGCAGGAACCACGCUCCACAGGAGGAGGAUCACUCAGCGCUCAGGCUUCUUCUACCGCCUUGGCCACGCCUUCCGCUCAGGCGGAUGAUGUAGGCGGCAGCUUUCUGGCAGCCGCAUCAAGCACACACAAGAGUCUCAAGGCCAAGCUGAGUAGCGCUACCGGUGGCAGCAAGGCGAAGGCCAGCAACAAGAUCAAGGCCCAGACCAGUCGCAUUGUGUCCAGCUUUAAAGCCCCCACAGUGGUUAGCACAGUUGUACGCGAGUUUGGAGGCCACAAGGACGGCAUCUGGCAGGUAGCCGCAAAGGCAGGACAGCCAAUCAUCGGCACCGCCUCCGCCGAUCACACCGCAUGCAUCUGGGGCGUGGAGAGCGCAAGGUGUCUGCUACAGUACCAAGGGCACGCCGGUUCCGUAAACUCAAUUAAGUUCCACCAGCAGCGGGAUCUCGUGCUCACCGGUAGUGGCGAUGGAACUGCACACAUCUGGCAGGCGGCCGUUAAUUGGGAAGUGCCCAAGAAGGGUCAUUCUUCGGAGGAGGAGUUGGACGAUAGCGAUGAGCAAGUUGAGGAUCGUGACCGAGUGGACACCUUACGAACUCCGCUCUGCGAGUUCACAGGUCCCGGGGGUCACCUCUCAGUGGUUGUAGCCGCUGACUGGCUUUCUUCUAUGGACCAGAUCAUCACGGGCAGUUGGGAUCGUACUGCGAUCUUAUGGGACGUGGAGACGGGUCAGCCUCUGCAGCCGCUAACGGGACACGACCACGAACUGACCCACGUGUCGGCACAUCCUACCCAGCGUCUGGUGGUCACCGCAUCUAGGGACACGACGUUCCGUCUGUGGGACUUCCGAGAGGCCAUUCCGGCGGUCUCGGUGUUUCAGGGACAUACGGAAACGGUUACUUCGAGUGUAUUUGCACGGGAUGAUAAGGUGGUGUCCGGUUCGGAUGAUCGCACAAUUAAAGUGUGGGAACUGCGCAACAUGCGGUCCGCUUUGGCUACCAUUCGCACGGAUUCUUCAGUUAACCGACUGGCUGUUUCCAGCGGAGGAAUAAUCGCCAUACCACACGACAACCGACAGAUUCGGCUAUUCGAUUUAAAUGGACAGAGGGUGGCUCGAUUGCCACGCACCAGCCGACAGGGACAUCGACGAAUGGUGUCUUCGGUGGCCUGGGCAGAGGAACCCUUGCUAGACUGCGACCUCUUCUCUUGUGGCUUCGAUCGACGCGUUUUCGGCUGGUCCAUCGUCCUGCCCAAGGACAAUUGAAGGCGGCUGAAACGGAGAGCUGCUCCAAAAGAGUGAGGAGGUGCAGCCCUGCGGAAUACAAACAUCUCUCGAACAAAGCAUCGUAUAGCGAUGCUCAUACUUACGUGUAACCGUUUAUCAUAGAUCAAGUAUUAUGCAGGCAUUGUUCAAGAUGUUUUACUAUCUAACAGGUCGGAUGAAAAGUCCCCGGUUUACCAUAGUAAAAAAUUUUUUUUUUGCAAAA